ACACACACACACACACACACACCCACCCACCGAGGUCCUCGCUGCUGGGAUGGGCGUGGGGCCCAGUGCUCGCCACCCGGUCCCCAGAAGGUUCCCCCAAAGCCAGCCGCUGCGGCCCGGCUCGGCGUGCAGGGCCCGGGGAGGAUUCGCGUCCGCGGAAGCUGGUGUCACUCGGGCUCGCUCCUGGUGAGCCGCGCUGUCGUCAUUCAUUCGCAGUGUCCGGAUCGUCCUUCCAGCUGGGAGCUGCGCUUCGCCAAGGGUGCGAGCGGCCCCGACGCGAAGUGUUAACGUGCGGUGACCUCGAGGGCUCUGAGCUGCUAGAGACGGAGGCGGCCCGGACCCUGGGUGGGCGCUGUGGGAGCAGCCGCGUCCCAGCCCACCUCUGCCCGACCCGCGGGGCCGAAUCAGCUGGCGGCGCCCGCAACCCUGCCCGGCGCCGAGCCGGAUCCCGGGGCUGAGCCACACCACUUCCUCCUCCUCCCGCUCCCCUUCCUUCUCCGCCUCCCGCUCCUCCCGCCACCGUGGGCCCCGGCCGGGCUGCGGAGCGAAGAGCCUGGGCGUCUGCGGCCGCGGGCUCGCGGAAGGCGGAGGCGCCGGGGCGAGGAUGCUGCUCGCGGUGCCCGCGUCCUCGCCAUCCUCCCCGGCCGCCCGCGGGGGCUUUGUUGUGACCCGGGCGCCGCGGGCCGCCCCCUGGUGAAGUCGCUCUCCGCCGCCGCACCUAGCUGGCGGGCUGGCGAGCGGACGGGCGGGCGCGCGUGUGCCCGGGAGUGCGCGCCGGUGCGCGCGGGACCCGACCUGCCGCCCCAUUGUGCGUGCGCCCGCGGCGCCCGGGAACAUGUGGGUGAACCCCGAAGAGGUGCUGCUGGCCAACGCGCUGUGGAUCACGGAGAGGGCCAACCCCUACUUCAUCCUGCAGCGGAGGAAGGGGCACGCGGGCGAUGGAGGCGGCGGCGGCGGACUGGCGGGGCUCCUGGUGGGCACCCUUGAUGUCGUGUUGGACUCCAGUGCCCGGGUUGCUCCUUACCGCAUCCUGUACCAGACUCCAGAUUCUUUGGUCUAUUGGACCAUCGCCUGUGGUGGUUCCAGAAAAGAAAUCACCGAACACUGGGAAUGGCUUGAGCAGAAUCUGCUGCAGACACUUUCCAUCUUUGAAAAUGAGAACGAUAUCACCACAUUUGUGAGAGGAAAAAUACAGGGCAUCAUUGCAGAGUAUAACAAAAUCAAUGAUGUGAAGGAAGAUGAUGACACAGAGAAGUUCAAGGAAGCCAUUGUGAAAUUCCAUCGGCUGUUUGGAAUGCCUGAGGAAGAGAAACUCGUCAACUAUUACUCUUGCAGCUACUGGAAGGGGAAGGUUCCCCGACAGGGUUGGAUGUACCUCAGUAUUAACCACCUUUGCUUUUAUUCUUUUCUGAUGGGAAGGGAAGCCAAGCUGGUCAUCCGGUGGGCGGACAUCACUCAGCUCGAGAAGAACGCCACGCUGCUGCUGCCUGACGUGAUCAAAGUGAACACGAGGUCCAGCGAGCAUUUCUUCUCCGUUUUCCUUAACAUCAAUGAGACCUUCAAGUUAAUGGAGCAGCUCGCCAACAUCGCCAUGAGGCAACUCUUAGACAAUGAGGGGUUUGAACAAGAUCGAUCCCUGCCUAAACUGAAAAAGAAAUCUCCUAAAAAAGUGUCUGCUCUAAAACGCGAUCUGGAUGCCAGGGCAAAGAGUGAGAGAUACCGUGCACUUUUCCGGCUGCCCAAAGAUGAAAAAUUAGAUGGCCACACAGACUGCACCCUCUGGACUCCAUUCAACAAAAUGCACAUUUUGGGGCAGAUGUUUGUGUCCACAAACUACAUCUGCUUUACCAGCAAGGAAGAAAACCUGUGCAGCCUCAUUAUCCCACUCCGAGAGGUGACGAUUGUAGAAAAGGCAGACAGCUCCAGCGUGCUCCCCAGUCCUUUAUCCAUCAGCACCAAGAACAGGAUGACCUUCCUGUUUGCCAAUUUGAGAGACAGAGACUUUCUAGUGCAGAGGAUCUCUGAUUUCCUUCAACAGACGACCUCCAAAAUAUACUCGGACAAAGAGUUUGCAGGAAGCUACAACAGUUCAGAUGAUGAGGUGUAUUCUCGGCCCAGCAGCCUCGUUUCCUCCAGUCCCCAGAGAAGCACGAGCUCCGAUGCUGACGGUGAGCGCCAGUUUAACCUCAAUGGCAACAGCGUCCCCACGGCCACACAGACCCUGAUGACCAUGUAUCGGCGGCGGUCUCCCGAGGAGUUCAACCCCAAAUUGGCCAAAGAGUUUUUGAAAGAGCAAGCCUGGAAGAUUCACUUUGCUGAGUACGGGCAAGGGAUUUGCAUGUACCGCACGGAAAAGACACGGGACCUGGUGCUGAAGGGCGUACCCGAGAGCAUGCGUGGGGAGCUCUGGCUGCUGCUGUCAGGUGCUAUCAAUGAGAAGGCCACGCAUCCCGGGUACUAUGAAGACCUCGUGGAGAAGUCCAUGGGGAAGUACAACCUCGCCACGGAGGAGAUUGAGAGGGACCUGCACCGCUCCCUCCCAGAACACCCGGCUUUCCAGAACGAAAUGGGCAUCGCCGCUCUGAGGAGAGUCUUAACGGCUUAUGCUUUUCGAAAUCCUAACAUAGGGUAUUGCCAGGCCAUGAACAUUGUCACAUCAGUGCUGCUGCUUUAUGCCAAAGAGGAGGAAGCUUUCUGGUUGCUGGUGGCUUUGUGUGAACGCAUGCUUCCUGAUUACUACAACACCAGGGUGGUUGGUGCCCUGGUGGACCAGGGUGUCUUCGAGGAACUUGCCCGGGACUAUGUCCCACAGCUGUAUGACUGCAUGCAGGACCUGGGUGUGAUUUCUACCAUCUCCCUGUCCUGGUUCCUCACACUGUUUCUCAGCGUGAUGCCCUUUGAGAGUGCAGUUGUGGUUGUCGACUGUUUCUUCUAUGAAGGAAUCAAAGUGAUAUUCCAGUUGGCCCUGGCUGUGCUGGACGCAAAUGUGGACAAACUUUUGAACUGCAAGGACGAUGGGGAGGCCAUGACCGUUUUGGGAAGGUAUUUGGACAGUGUGACCAAUAAGGACAGCACGCUGCCCCCCAUCCCUCAUCUCCACUCCCUGCUCAGUGAGGAUGUGGAGCCCUAUCCUGAGGUCGACAUCUUCAGACUCAUCAGAACUUCCUAUGAGAAAUUUGGAACUAUCCGGGCGGAUUUGAUUGAGCAGAUGAGAUUCAAACAGAGACUGAAGGUGAUCCAGACACUGGAGGAUACUACAAAACGGAACGUGGUACGAACCAUUGUGACAGAAACUUCCUUUACCAUUGAUGAGCUAGAAGAACUUUAUGCUCUUUUCAAAGCGGAACACCUAACCAGCUGCUACUGGGGUGGGAGCAGCAAUGCCCUGGACCGGCACGACCCCAGCCUGCCCUAUCUCGAGCAGUACCGCAUCGACUUUGAGCAGUUCAAGGGCAUGUUUGCUCUGCUCUUUCCCUGGGCCUGUGGAACUCACUCUGACGUGCUUGCCUCGCGCUUAUUCCAGUUAUUAGAUGAAAAUGGAGAUUCUCUGAUCAACUUCCGAGAGUUUGUCUCUGGACUGAGUGCUGCGUGCCAUGGGGACCUCACAGAGAAGCUCAAACUCCUGUACAAAAUGCACGUCUUGCCUGAGCCAUCCUCUGAUCAAGACGAGCCAGAUUCUGCUUUUGAAGCAACUCAGUACUUCUUUGAAGAUAUCACCCCAGAAUGCACACAUGUGGUUGGAUUGGACAGCAGAAGCAAACACGGUGCAGACGAUGGCUUUGUUACAGUGAGUCUAAAGCCGGACAGAGGGAAGAGGGCAAAUUCUCAAGAAAAUCGUAAUUAUCUGAGACUCUGGACUCCAGAAAAUAAAUCCAAGUCAAAGAAUGCAAAGGAUUUACCCAAAUUGAAUCAGGGGCAGUUUAUCGAGCUGUGUAAGACGAUGUAUAACAUGUUCAGCGAGGACCCCAACGAGCAGGAGCUGUACCACGCCACGGCGGCGGUGACCAGCCUCCUGCUGGAGAUCGGGGAAGUGGGCAAGCUCUUCACUCCCCAGCCUGCCAGGGAGGGCGGGAGCGGAGGCGGCGGGCCCUCCGGCAACCAGGGCGUCCCCGGCGGCGUGCUCUUCCCCACCAAAGGGCCGGGCCAGCCUUACGCGCCGGAAGCCGCGGCGCCCCUCCCGGCCAGCUUGGCGGGGGACGGCGAGGAACGCUCCCUGGGGGGCCAGAUGGAGGACAUCAAGCUAGAGGACUCCUCGCCCCGGGACCACGCGGCCUGCUCCUCCAUGCUCAUCUCCGACGACGACACCAAGGACGACAGCUCCAUGUCCUCGUACUCGGUGCUGAGUGCCGGCUCCCACGAGGAGGACAAGCUGCACUGCGAAGACAUCGGCGAGGACACGGUCCUGGUGCGCAGCGGCCAGGGCCCCGCGGCGCUGCCCCGGAGCAGCAGCCUGGACCGGGACUGGGCCAUCACCUUCGAGCAGUUCCUGGCCUCCCUCCUGACAGAGCCCGCCCUGGUGAAGUACUUUGACAAGCCCGUGUGCAUGAUGGCCAGGAUCACCAGUGCGAAAAACAUCCGGAUGAUGGGCAAGCCCCUCACCUCGGCCAGUGACUACGAGAUCUCGGCCAUGUCCGGGUGAAUCCCGCGCCUUCUGUAGGGACACGCGGGACGGGGGCGGGGGGGAGGGUCUUUUUUAUGUUCUGUGUUGGGGUUUCUUUCUUCCUUUUAAAUUAAAUAUUUAUUAGUACCCGGCUUAAAGCCUAGUGUUUUCAUAAUAUAAUACAAUGAAAGCUGUUGGAGAAAUACUUAAACACCUCGAUGUAGGCACAGUACACGCUCUUGUCGGGGGGGAGGGGGAUUUACCAGAAUACGGUUUGAUUCAAUGAAUUCCAAAAGAAAGGUGACUCUGUCCGUGAUAUGUGUGUAUUUAUAACUUCUUAAUCUUGCUGUUGAGCUGUAUACGUAGUGCUGUUUAACACUAAAUAAGGCAGCAGACGUGUAUUUGGGCUUUUUAAGUAAAAUUAGAGCUGUAAGGAACGUAGAAUGCCACAAACACAGAGUGUUCUUAAAUGGAAGAGGCACUGUCAGCUGGGGUAAGUCCUAUACCGCUUUUAGGGAGCAUUAAAACGAUUUUUUAAGAUUUGAAAUAUAUUUCAUAAAAGUCCUCUAUUCAAAAAUCAUGUUUAACAGAUGUUCCCUUUUGAGGUUCUAAGCAAUUAUGAAAGUGUAAGUGAUUUUUAUGUGAUGCCAGAAUAACACCUCUAUCUGAUCAAUUUGGACAAAUACCAGGCCAAUUUUGCAUUUAAAAAAACUGAUGAUUUAAGUCAGCGGGCCAGAAUUCAGGGGAAAUGAACAGUCUUUUGUUACAGAGAAUCUGAAAGUGGCAACAAAAAUGAUAAGAGGGCUCAGGUUUUUUGGGGGGGGGUGGGGAGUAAAAAUACUGAUGCUUCUCAUACUAGAUUUUCAGCUUCUUGUUGCUAUUUGCAAAUGAAGCAAAAAGUAAAAGAAUAAACUUUACCAUUUCCAUACUCUCCAUAGGUUCAAGAAAUUAUACCAUGUAUCACAUAGGACCAUCUUUCCAGUUAAAUCCAUGUAAAGUAGAGAUAAUGUAAAUUGAAAAAACAACCUGCAAGAUAACGUAACUGAAUGUUUAAAGCGGAACUUGUCACUUUAUAUAAAAGAAUAGUAUGCUCUAUUUCCUGAAUGGACUUGGAAAUGAAAACUAUCGCACCUGCACUUUGUAUUGUUGCUUCUUUUUUAUUCCUAUUAUAGUUUUGUCUUUUACAGAUGUUGGAGUUUUUUUCUCUUAUUGUUGAAUUCAUAAUCAUGGUCACGUUUUCUUUGCUUAUGCAGAAUAUUCCUUCUAAUGCAUUCCUUUAUUUUAGUAUCCAUUGUGUCUUUAUUAUAGCUGUUGCUGCUCUUUUUUAUUUUGUUUACAGAAUGAUUUUUUAAACUGUCCAAUGAA